GUUAUACUGGAUUGUACUUCAUCGGGAGUUUGCGGUUUGGCAGGUUUAUAUACAUCAAAACAGAACAAAGAGAUAGGCUCUACAGUGCUAUAAAAGAAGAGAGAGAAAAGAAUAAAGCGAAGGAGAAAUCUCGGCGACUGAAUUACAAAAGAACUGAGGACACUCUGCUAAUGUUUUUCUCAUCCAAAGGGGACAUAAACUGGGACUUUGUACAUUGUGGAGAAUUUGCAAGGCUUUUUGUCUUUUGCGAGCAUCAAAAGUUUGUAUGGGACAACGCUUUUUUGCAAAUAUUUGAAUUUUAAUGCUCGCAAUUUCAGUGCAAAACUUUCUGCACAUGGUUUCAAAGGGCUUUUGAAAAUUCUGGAUUUUUUUUUUAUUCGCCGAUAGAAUGUUGUAAAUACAUGCGGAUUUUAUUCAGUUUUUUUGCCAGCGUGUUUCCAGGCUUUUUUGCGUUUUUACGCAUGGUAUCGCCAAAAACCUACUCGUACUUUUAAAGUUUGAAUAAUUCAUGAGAUACAAUUUGCCUGCUCGAAAGAAGUGACUGUAAAAAAGGGAGGGGGGUUAUCCACAAACAUAUUCAUAAGGGUUGACGGAAUGGCCACCGCGGCUUCCAAUCCUUAUCUGCCCAGCAAUAGCAUCUUAUCGUCCGGCUCAAUCGUGCACUCUGACUCCGGAGGUGGUGGCAUGCAGCCGGGCAGUGCUGCGGUUACCUCCGGGUCUGGGGUCUACAGGGGGGACCCCUCAGUCAAGAUGGUACAGAGUGACUUUAUGCAAGGCGCGAUGGCAGCGAGCAACGGGGGACACAUGCUGAGCCAUGCCCACCAGUGGGUGACAUCCCUCCCGCACGCCGCAGCGGCCGCAGCUGCAGCCGCGGUCGCUGCAGCUGAAGCCGGAUCGCCGUGGUCGUCGAGCCCGGUCGGGAUGACGGGCAGCCCGCAGCAGCAGGAUGUGAAAAACUCCGGCAGAGACGAUCUGCACACGGGCACCGCGCUGCACCACAGGCCCCCUCACUUAGCGCCACAUCAGACUCACGCCGGGGCUUGGGGGAGUACGACUGCGGCGCACAUUAACUCCAUAUCUGGGGGGCAGCAGCAGCAGCAGUCGCUCAUCUACUCCCAACCGGGGGGGUUCACUGUGAACGGGAUGCUGAGCCCCGGCAGCCAGAGCUUGGUGCACCCGGGUUUGGUGCGAGGGGACACCCCAGAUCUGGACCACGGCAGCCACCACCACCACCAUCACCACCAGCACCCGCAUCACCAGCACCACGGCGGCGUUAACAGCCACGACCCGCACUCGGAUGACGACACGCCGACCUCGGACGACCUGGAGCAGUUCGCCAAGCAGUUCAAGCAGCGGAGGAUCAAGCUUGGUUUUACGCAGGCGGACGUCGGCUUGGCUUUGGGCACCCUGUACGGGAACGUUUUCUCUCAGACCACCAUCUGCAGAUUCGAGGCUCUGCAGCUCAGCUUCAAGAACAUGUGCAAGCUCAAGCCUUUGUUAAACAAGUGGCUCGAGGAGGCCGACUCGUCCACCGGCAGCCCUACCAGCAUCGACAAGAUCGCGGCGCAGGGUAGGAAGCGAAAGAAGCGCACGUCCAUCGAAGUGAGCGUCAAGGGGGCUUUGGAGAGCCACUUCCUAAAAUGCCCCAAACCCUCGGCGCAGGAGAUCAGCAGCCUGGCGGACAACUUGCAGCUGGAGAAAGAGGUGGUUAGAGUGUGGUUUUGCAAUAGGAGACAGAAGGAAAAACGGAUGACGCCCCCAGGAGUGGCACAGACGCCGGAGGAUGUGUACUCUCAGGUCGGCAAUGGGCAUUUUUUAGUAGAUUACUUAAAAGAUGCAAGUGAAGCGAGCGACCAGAGGGUGACAACUACAAGUUCAUUCCACCAGGUAAUUUUGGCGCAUUAAGAAGAGGAAGUAUUGUUUUUAUUUCUCUUUCCCCUCCUUACUCCAAAAAAUAUCCCCCCUCAUUAUCCUGUGUUUGAUUGAAGAAACAAAGGAGCAGGCAUUUUGUAUAUUUAGAGGACUGAACCGCCUUCCCUCUAUAACAAUAACAAGAAAAAGGGGGGGAAACUGCAACAAUAUGAACAAGAGUGACAUCCACGAAGCUUCCAUCAUGAUUUACAGCUUUUGAUUUCUGACAUGGACUGCAUGGAGGAUAAGGGAUUUUUUUUUAUUGAGGCCCAGAAGGACUGUCCCCGCCUGAUCUCACCAUUUUUGGGUUUUUUAUUAUUAUUUAAAGGACACCGUGAGUGGAUUUUCCCUCUUUC